GGACGCCCCGGGAGGGAGGGUUCGGGGGGGGCCGGGCUCCGCGCCCCGCUGACAUCACCGUCCCGCCGCCCGCCUUUUAGCACAAGGUCGGGGUCCCCGCGGGGCAGUGCGCUGGUCCUCGCCGAGCAUCGCCCUCGCUCCGUCCGCAGCCGCCUGUCUCCCACCACUGCAGCCAUGGCAAACAAAGGGCCAGCCUAUGGCAUGAGCAGGGAUGUGCAGUCCAAGAUCGAGAAGAAGUACGACGACGAGCUGGAGGACCGGCUGGUGGAGUGGAUCGUGGCGCAGUGCGGGGCCGCCGUGGGGCGCCCCGAGCGCGGCCGCCUGGGCUUCCAGGUGUGGCUGAAGAACGGCAUCGUGCUCAGCAGGCUGGUGAACAGCCUCUACCCCGACGGCUCCAAGCCUGUCAAGAUCCCCGACGCGCCGCCCACCAUGGUCUUCAAGCAGAUGGAGCAGAUCGCCCAGUUCCUGAAGGCGGCCGAGGACUACGGUGUGGUCAAGACAGACAUAUUCCAGACCGUGGACCUGUUUGAAGCCAAGGACAUGGCUGCGGUGCAGAGGACGCUGAUGGCCCUGGGGAGCCUGGCGGUCACCAAGAACGACGGGAACUACCACGGGGACCCCAACUGGUUCAUGAAGAAAGCGCAGGAGCACAAGCGGGAGUUCACCGAGAGCCAGCUGAAGGAGGGCAAGAACAUCAUCGGGCUACAGAUGGGCACCAACAAGGGAGCGUCACAGGCGGGCAUGAGCUACGGCCGGCCCCGGCAGAUCAUCAGCUAGGCACGGCCCCGCCGCCCCCAGCCCUCCCCAGCCGGGACCUCCGUCUCCGCUCCCCCGGCCCAGCGCCGCCGCCAAUCCAUUGGUAUUUAUUGAGGAGCAUCCGCCCGCCAGCCCCAUCGCCCCGCCAGCGGCCGCAGCCCCCCAGCGCCGUGCCCCGGGCAGCCCCUGCCCCCAGAGCUGUGCCCCGGGCAGCCCCUGCCCCCAGAGCUGUGCCCCGGGCAGCCCCUGCCCUCGGGCAUCCCCUGCCCCCGGGCAUCCCCUGCCCCCGGGGCCACCGCCCCGCCCGCACCAGCCCCGCGCCACCGCCGCAGAGAUCCCUGCCAACGGGGAGAAGAGAGAAUCGGCCUCGGUUUUGUACUUCGUUUUUGUCAAAAUUAAAAGGUUAUAUUCAUCCA